AUGCCCGAAGAGGAAUCGAGGAUUACAAACAUGCCCAAAGAGGACAGUGAGGACUACAAACAUGCCCAAAGAGGACAGCGAGGACUACAAACAUGCCAAGAGGACAGCGAGGACUACGCAAUCCUGGUGGAGUCAGACCAGGUGAAUGAGGGGGGCAUCAAGCAGGCGUCCAACUCUUGUCCCGACCCGGGGGAGCCAGAGAACGGCAAGAGGAUGGGCUCCGACUUUAGGCCUGUGUCACGGACACUGAGUUUAUGUACAGGCCUGUGUCCCGCCAAGGGCACUGCGUUUUCAUACAGGCAUGCCUGGGGUCAGGACACUGGUUUUCGCUACAAGGCCUGUGGCUCCAAGACCAUCACCUGUCAGAGGGUGGCCGAGGUGUUCGCUGCCUGGAGUGACCACCGCCCCGUCUGCAAAGAGAUCGACAAGGAGAGUUGUGGUGACCCUGGUACGCCCCUCUAUGGAAUAAGGGAAGGUGACAGCUUCCUGAAUGGGGGCAUCCUGCGCUUCGAGUGUCAGUUUGGGUUUGAACUCAUCGGGGAGAGGACCAUAGCAUGCCAGAACAACAACCAGUGGUCGGCCAACAUCCCCAUGUGCAUCUUCCCAUGCCUGUCCAACUUCACAGCGCCAAUGGGCACGGUAUUAUCACCCGACUACCCAGAAGGCUACAGCAACAACAUGAACUGCGUGUGGCUGAUCCUAUCGGAACCCGGCAGCCGCAUCCACCUGGCCUUCAACGACUUUGACCUGGAGGCGCCUUACGACUUCCUCACCGUGAAGGACGGAGAGCUGCUGGACGCCACCGUCCUGGGACGCUUCUCGGGGGCCGAAUCCCCCUCCCACCUCGACAGUAACACUAACAUACUGAGGCUGGAGUUCCAGGCYGACCACUCCAUGGCCGGACGAGGGUUCAACAUCACCUACAGCAGUAGGUUUCACCUUGAUGUUGCGUUCUGUGCUGUCCUUCGUUUGAUUUGACCAUGUUAGUUGAUU